CCCGCGAUGGCUGGCCGCCCGGUGCUCGAACAGGCAACGAGCGGCGGCGUGGCGUGGCCGGGGGGCGGGACGGGACGGGGUGGUAUGGAUUGUGGUUGUAUAUCUGCAUCUUGCCCUGCCCGUGCGCGCAUGUUUCCUUGUGUUUCCUGCUCUCUGUGUUGUUCUCCUUGUUGUUCUCCUGCUGGGCAUCGAUAUCUUCAAACCACUACCGCGCGCUCUAUUCCCCUUUAGCUAGUUCUUCACCACCUUCCCCCUGCCUAGCGUUAUCCGAGUACAUCCCUCCUGCAGCGAAUCUCCACCAUGUCUCCUGUUGCGUUGUUACAGCCCGCAGACGACAUCUCCCGCUUCCAAUACCUCUCCGAUCUCGAGCGCAGCAACGCGCUCCGCCGCGGCCGCGAGGACCUCAGCCCUGUCUCCUCGCCGACAAAGAAAUACGCAAAGCUCAACAAGCGCGAGGAGUCCUGGAUCAGAGAGCUCGUGAAGCCACCGUCGCUCGAGAACCUCAAGCCGCAAUUGACGAGCGCGCAGCUCAAGGUCCCGGACGCGAUGCAGCAUCUGACUGCUAUCGCGAGCCAUCCUUCGCUGCCGUUUGUGGCGGUCGGAAGCGGCGGGCGGGAAAAGAAUCUCUACAUCUAUGAGAGAGGUACCUCGAAAGGGCGGUCUCAUCUAUACCACCGACAAACCGUCUCUCUUCCUCAUAUCUACAGUCUUGCAUGGGCGCCAUUGGGAAAGUUCACGUCCAGCACAGUCAUAGCGACUGGUCACCGCAAUGGCGCUGUCCAUCUAGUCUCGCUCCCGGAUUCGUCGAAUCCAUAUCCUGCCCGCAUCAUCAAGCGCUUCAACCACGCCCACGCUGAUCCCAGACGAAUCGCGUGCGGCCCCGGACUCCGGGUAUCACAUGUCGAAUUUACAAGUCCGGUAUGGACCUGUGUUCCCGACGCUUCUCUAAUCAGUCUCUACGGCCAAACCGUCCACAUCUGGGAUCUUUCCCGCAACGACCGGCCGCUGCUCACCCAGCGCGUGGCCACUAUCAACGGCCUCCACGCGUCACCCUUCCGAGACGGAAUCCUAGGCCUGAGCGGCGCGUUCGGAAUCGCGCUGCUCGACGUGCGCACCCGCACGCGAGGGCUGCUGCGGCCCAAGAUUGCGAAUCACUCCGAGUCGACGGCGGUGAAGUGGUCGCCGUACAACUCGAACUGGGUCGCGUCCGCGCACGAGGACAGUAAGAUUCGGGUGUGGGACAUUCGCGCGUCGCAGCCAUUCGCGGAGCUGGCGGGUCACUCUGACAUCAUAAACACGCUCGAGUGGUCGGCUACCAAUCCCAACGAGUUGAUCUCGGGAUGCGCGGAUCAGACGAUCAACGUGUGGGACGUGACGAGCACGACGUUCAAUUACGACACGAGCAAGUCGAAGGAGAAAUACUUCACCAAGCUCGAGCGCCGCGAGGACGCCACGCUGAUCCCACCGGAGGCGGUCGAGAGCGCGCGGCGACGGAGGGCGCUGUUCACUAUCCUCGAGGAUCCAGAUGACUCGGCAAUCGACGAGACAGCGGAGGGCGUCAAGUCGUACCGGCAGUCGGCGUCAGUGAUUGGUCUGGCGUCGGUGGACGUACCAAGCAGCAGCGGCGGAGCGAGCAACAAGGAGUUUUGCUCAAUCAGCACCGAUACGACGGUGUCGCUUCACCAGAUGUGCGCGCGCGGGAGCGGGAUGGAGCCGGUGAAGCGGGUCAAGUCGCGGAAGGCGAAUGCUCACCAUGGAUUCAGCGGCAUGAUUGAAGCCAGAAAUAUGGAGACUGUGAGCAGAGCGCGCACACUGCUGUGAGCGAGAGAGAGAGGUUGAAAUGGUGAUUCGGCUUCGGAUUUGAUAUCGCGUUUUGUUUCGGUCGUUUUCUUUGUCUGUAGUUUUGGGUGUUUAUAGUCAAUUGCUGUUUUGGUGUUUGCGUCACUUUUGUAUAUUUAUUGUCAAAUACAGAUCCGAGGAGUUGGAUGUUACAGAAGCACACAACGAUAUGUGAUUUGAAAAGCACACAGUAGAUAGGGAACAGGAUCCAGGUUAUAUCUCAUAUCAGAUAUCGACUGAUCUCAUCUCCAAGCGCA